UGUUGGUUACCUUCUCUAGUGCUUGUAACUCAUUUCCUCCUCGUCGGUAUCGGACAUCGUGAUCGUCCCAUCUCAUUUCAUUCGCUCUUCCGCUUCGCAAUCUUAGUGAAUCCGGCGGCGAUGACGAGCAAACGUAAGAUUCUUCCCCGCAUCCCUCGCCGCUUCAGCUUUCACAAUGUCCCAGCUGCUUUUUACGCCGGUUUAUACGCGAAGCAAAAACAGGUUGUUGCUGCUGCCGCAGCUGCUCAAUCUCCUAAGAAUGGAGCCAACUUUGAUUGUCUCAUAUCAAGAGAGCUAAACCAAAAUCCAUGCUUGAAGUCGAUCCCAAAUCAUGGCAAAUUAUAUGAAUUUGUGGCUAUGAAGUAUGAUACAAGUAGAAGUGAUAUUGUUUCAUGCAAUUCAUGCUCCACUGAGUCCAGUUACGAUAGUUCCAUGUCCUCGGAAUCCUUCGAUGUGCAAAGGGAAUUGCAGGAAAUGAGGGAAGAACAUGGAGAAGAGUUGUCUAUAGUUGGAGAUAUUUUAACACUUAACAUCUCAAGAACAUUCUGUGUCUAUAUUGCUUUGUUUUUUGUUUUUUGGCUUCACAUUCCAUCCAGUAAAUAAAUUCAUGAAGCGUGGUAACUCCUGACCAGCAGUACAAUUGUUAUAGGUGUGUCUUAUAUGAAAAUUGAACCCCAGUUAUUUGGGAAUGUAUUCGGCCUCUUACCUUCACAUCAUGCGCUGGGGGCUGCUUUGUGUAGUUGUGUA